CAAAAUUGUGUGAAGUAUUCUAUAUUCUCUUAUUGAGUUCGGCGAUUUAUGGUUUCGAAGUUGCAAAAGAAGAUAUCAUCGUCAACGGAGCCUCUUACCCAGAAACCUCGAAGAAUAAUAUCCUACUAGAAGACGACAAUGCUACAAUCAUCAACAGUACUAAAGUUCCCUCAAUUAAUACUGAAACUACACCACAAGCGACGCCAUCAACUUACGUGCAAACGGCAAGAACUGGUGUUCAGAAUACUUCAGCUAUAAAGACGCAAAAAGCUGGUUACAAUGUCACCAUUACUCCAAAACAAACAGCAAUGUCAGUAUUUGAAAACCACACUGGCCAUGCAACAUUAAACUUUACAAUGACGACACAAAGAACAAUGCUUGCCGACAAUUCAACCAUCUUCAACGAUGUCACAAAAACUGCGCCGCCUGUCGCGGUACCGGUAGCUACGAGUGUACGAAACACAAAGGCCAAAAAAGGUCGUAAAAAUCCUAAAGCAAGAAGAAAACAAAAAAGUCCCAAACUGACACCCACAAAGCUCAUGGUUAAAGGGCAAAAAAAAUAGCACAAAGUCGGGAAAAAAAUAUUUCAAAACCUAACAAAAGCAAAUCGGUUCGUAAAGGAGCGGCAACAUGUCCUCAAACUUGCCUCGGAUUCAAAACUUUCCAGAGAAACAUGAACGUAAAAUUGACUGCAAUGUCAGAUCGUCUGUCGAAUGUAUUAAAAGAAAAUCAAGAUAUGAAAGGACUUCUCAAAGAACUCAAAACUGGCAACGAUCAAUUGAAAGAGUCUCAAACGGCAAUGGAACUGAAGAUGACUAUAAUUCUUGAAUCGCUUGAAAAAUUAGUCUCUGGAAAAGAAAAUAGACCAGAAUGGACACCGUGGACAAAAUGGGGAGAAUGUAGCGCCACUUGUGGCGAAGGUACAAGCGUGCGGACGAGAAAGUGCAAAGGAGAAAAGAGAGAUUUCUGCAAAGGAAAAACUAAAGAAACUAGGACGUGCCAAACUGGAAUGGAAUGCGGAGAGAAUAGAUUUCCUUGCGACGUACAAUAUGACGGAUCAUGCUUCCAUCUCUAUAAAGCAAAACGAAAAUCAUACAGAGACAUUCAUUCAGUAGAUUGCCAAAUGGGGAAAGGACAUUUGGCUAAUAUAUACAGUCCCGAACAUUUUGAACUGCUGAAGGAAUUAGCCUCGAAUCAAAGCGUUAUUGGAAAAUAUAUAUGGACAGGGAUGACCUUUGACAUCAGGAACCGGCAAAUUUUCCAACAAGACGGUUCACGAGCGAACUAUUUGAGGUGGAUGCAUCAGUUCGGACCAAAGAAGCAAAAACUGGCAACGGGUAUUGUGCUCCAUUUCGACCCCCAUGAGAAGUUUAGGAAGGAAAACAACUUCCAUGUACAAAAUGGGAUAAAAAAUGAAGACCCGUCGAUCAAAUUACAAUAUUCAAUCUGUGAAUUUCUAGACAAAGAUGAGUUUGAAGGGUCUGCGGUGGAUUUGUAAGGGUCUAACCCUGACGGGGGCAAACUACGGCCCGCGGGACAAAUCCGGCCCGUUGGUUGAUUCAAUCUGGCCCGCCUGAUGCUGCCACAGCCAAACUAAAACCAAAUUUUGAUAUUUUAGCUGAAAAAAUAGCUCAAGGAAUUUAUGGAGAUAGCGAUUAAAUUUAGUUUUGGUACAAAGUUUAUUGUUUUCCCCAUUUGCUUUUGUACCACUGUAAAUAUUGUUCAUAAAAUGUCACUUACAUGGCCCGACAGUCCAGGCGAGCGAAAUUUUAUGGCCCCAAGUCCAAAAACCUUGCUUGGUGUAACUUCUUGAACUAGAGCAAGGGUGUGCAACAUUUUUAGUCGGUGGGCCAUAUAACCAACAUCAGACAUCUAACUGGGCCACACGAAAAGCCGUGAAUGUGACUAUCGCUCACCCUCACAUUAAUGAAGCCACCGGAUAAAACGACGAAAGAUUGAACGCAGCGAAAAAAAGAAAAAAAACAUUAUGUAUUUUUACCUUGACUUUUUAAACAUACAACUAUUGGAUUAGUUUUGAAUGAAUA